GCGCAGCCGUGUCCCGGCGGCCUGGUAACGGCGGCAGGUAGCUGUGGCCUGGGUCUCGGCCUCCCAUCAGCCGCUCGGGGCCGAGGAGAACGGCUCGGGGCGAGGCUCAGUGACACUGUCCAGGGGGAGCAGGGGGCUGUUCUCAGGGGGGCCGAGCGCCGCAUCUCCUGUUCUCCUCGCCCUGUGAGAGGGAGCCGCUGUGGUAUAGCUCAGUGUUAUGGGUGAUGCAAAAGAAGCAAAAAUGCAGAUAACACCAGAAACUCCAGGACGAGUCACAAUCUUGAAUCCUUUUGAAAGUCCCAGUGAUUAUUAUACUCUUCAGGAGCAGAUUGUCUCCAGUCCUUCAGUCUUUAAAUCAACGAAAUCCUCAUCUACACCAGGAAAAUUUAGAUGGUCUAUUGAUCAGCUUGCUCUAAUAAAUCCUGUGGAAAUUGACUCGGAAGAUGUUCGACGCCAAGCAAUGUAUUUGAGUCAUGCUAGAAUUGAUAAGGAGACAGAAGACAGAAGGCAAAAAGCCAUUGAGGAGUUUUUCACAAAAAGACUCAUAGUUCCUUCUCCUUGGACUGAACACGAAGGCAAGCAAGUUUCUCAGCUUAAUUCAACUAAAUCCAUAGAUCUAAAUAACAUUUCUCCAAUUGGAAGACAGCUGACUUUGCAGCCUGGGAAAAGCAAUGCUGCUUGUCAGACAGUACUGUCUUUGCCAGUGGAUUUUAAUUUAGAGAAAAUACUAGGUGAAUAUUUUAGAACUGAUGAAUUUGCAGAUCAGUCUCAGGAAAAUCUGAGCUCUUCAUCACUCAGAAGAAAGCUGUUUUUAGAAGAAAAUGGAAGUGUUUCUGAGUGUUUGUCCCCUUCUCUGCAUAGUCCAUGUGGUAGUCAGCCACUUGGAGUGCUUUGUUCAAUUGAUAUAUCUCCAGUUCGGUGCAGAAGCCCUCUUGAAACAUCUAGUUCGGGUCAGUUUUCCUCAAGCCCUAUUCAGGGAGGAACAAGGGCUUACAGUCUUGGAAGUAUAACCAGUCCCACAUUUCCAGAGGGGUCUCCUGCACAUAAUGGUUCUCCUACUUUUUCACCAAUUGCUUUUCACAUAAGAAAGACACCACUGUCAGACCAAAGACAAUUUACAUUUCGUUCUCCAGAUAUUCCUUCUUCCUCAAAUAGAAUGACCCCCCCAAGUACAAGAAGUCCUUAUAUAGAUGGUUGUUCUCCAAUUAAAAAUUGUUCUCCGAUGAGGCUUGGAGCAUGUAGAGGAACUGCCCAGUAUCAGACUUCUGUCAUUAGAAUACCAAUUGCAGUUGAAAAUCAUGGUGAGGAUGAGGAAGACAAGGAAAAUGCUUCUCCAGCAGAAGCUCGGUUCCCAGAAAUGGAUAAUGGAAUAAACGUACGUCAGCAAGACAGUGAUGCUUUUGCACGUGGUACGCAUCUUGUCGUAGCAACUGUGUCUAUUGCACCAGAUCACUCAGAAGCUUGUCAUCAAAGGUUGUCGUCAUUUCAUGAUAUAGAAGGCUCAAAGGAAAAUAAUACUGUAGAUAUGGCUGAUGCAGCUGAAGUGUCAGAGGAAACCACUUGGAUAAAGGAAACAAUCGGAAAUAGCAACGCACCGAUGACCAGCUUUAUGACAGGGAUUACUUUCAGUAUUGAAAACUCUCGCAUGUGCAUGUCACCUCUUGCAGAAAGCAGUGCAAUUCCUUGUGACAACAGUAGUAUUCAGGUGGACAGUGGUUAUAAUACACAGACUUGUGGAAGCAGCAUUAUGGAUACUGCGGGGGCUGAAAACAGUUGCAGAGAAAAUGAUGUGAAUACUAACGUGUUUCAGAAUAAAUCUCAGCUUCUUAGAACAAAGGAAUGUUCUGCUUUAAACCAUAAGGACAAUCAGUUGCUGAGAGCAAAAUCUCCAGAGAAGCAAUCCUGUUUCCAAAAAGCAAAUACACAUAGUACAGUAUUUGGUCAAAAUACAACUUGCAACAUUUCUGCCUGGAAACAUAAAAAUGAAAAUCAAGUUCAGGGAUUUCACAAAAAUGGUAUGUAGUUUUCUGAUGGAGAACUUAAAUUGUGUUGUCUAAUAAAUUUUUAUAUAUGUGACCUCAAUUACUUGGAUUAUACAUACUAUUUUGCUUUUUUAAUGCAAAUGUAAUAAAUUGUCUGGUAUAUAUUAAGGGAGUUUUUAAAUAACGUGUUUUUUUUCAGGUCUUGUUAACAAAUUUAUUGGUAUCAUAACGUGAUCCUUUGGAAAAUUAAGGCAGCUAGACUUGGUACAAAGAAACCAUAGGGUUUUCUCAGAAUUGUGUUCCUUCUGUGAUUAGGGUAGAUUCCGUGAGGAGGCUUGUUUUGAAAGCUUGGAUAUAACUUCAGCUUCAAGAGGAGGAUUUUAGAUAGACUGAGCAAACCUCAGGUAACUUGCAUAGGAGAUAACAAAACUGCAAAACCACCUGCAUUUUAACAGCCAACUCCCAAAGGCAUGAGGAAAACUUUUAUUCGGAGGAGAAAGAAAGGAAAGGAGUAUUAGUUUUGAUUUGGAUUUCUUUUCCCCUGGUUGGAUUUAUUGUGUGGCUUCAGGAAUACUAGCACUGGUACCAAAAAAGAGUUGCUGGAUGGAAAUGAACUGCUUUGGGGUGUGAUGAGAGCAGGGCUGGGGUAACAGGAGAGGGGUGAGUGUCUGUCAGUAUUGGUCUAAAGUCACAGCGAUCAAACUCAGCUGGGACUUUCAUGAGGAAAGAAUGAAACUACAGUGUUCCAGAAAUGGGUCUCUGGAAUAUGUGUAUGUUUUACAGUAGACUGCAAACUGUUAAAAAUGGGUGCUUUGAUUUUAAUACCAGCUACUCCUUUUAAUUAAGUUCUCCUUGUGAACAACUGCAUGAAAACUCUAUUCCAGUUAUGGAAAUUACAUACUUUUCCACAAUUAAAAAAAAAAAAAGUUUAAUUCUCUUAGUAAUAAAAUAAUCUAUAUGUCAGAAGAAGCCUUUUAGCAAUUCUUUGAUCAGUUUUUUUCCUUGGUUUGACAGAAAUCAAGGAAAAGGACAGGUGGCAGAAAUCUUUUAAUAGGAAAAUAGAAUCUCUUUCCCCUAAACAAGCAGUUCUUAGUCUUAAAACUGCACAUCCAUCAGUUACCUUUACCAUGUACUUAAGUAAGAUGUAUUAUUGGUUACUUUAAAAUUAAAUGAUCGUGUUGUUACUUUAGUAAUUGUAUUAGUACUAAUCUUGAAGCUGAUCACCUGACUCCACCAGUGUCUCUUAAGAACACUUGCAUCCAAAUUGAUGCUCUGGUACCCUUUCAAAGGAACGUAAGAAGGUGCAAUAAGUUUAAUUACUCUCACUACAUCAUUAAAAGAAUGGUGCAGCCAUUCUUCUAUUAAAAUGAACCAUUACACUUCUACAUCCCUUUAAUGUUUAAUUGCCAGUAGUAUUACAUCUGCUUACAGAAAUUACCAAAAUAUUUAGAAACAUAAUCAAUUUUUGCAUGCCACUUAUUGGAAAAAGUAUUUAAUAUAAAUAAACUAUUGAUACUUUCAAGAAAACCAUCGAUGAACAAAAGUAAUGGAAUGAGGAGGGUCUGGAAGCCCAGAACUCCUUUUGCCCGAUCAAAUCAGAUUUGCUUAAGUUUGAUUGGAUUUGUUUAGAAGAACCUUCUGAAAUUCUUGUGAAUGGGGGAAAAACCCCCAUAUGGUAAUCUUCUAGCCUUAGAGACUAAGAGGGGGAAGAGACAGAGGGGAAAUGCUGAGAUUUCAGGGCGUUGUAGAGCUCUGAAGUAAACUUUGUUGGAGUAAUCAAAAAGAAAUCUCAUGCGUGCUUCAGGUGAAGUAGUCUUUCUGUCUUUUCCUAGCAAGGAUACUGGAGGGAAGUUCUGCUCCCUGUUCUGUCCCACGACUCACAGAAUGGCUUUGUACCGAACAGGUAGACUGUGGCUGAUGAGUAGCUAUUGGUGCUCUAAGCCUCAAACAGUUGGUCAGACCUAAAUUUGAAGGCAACUGACAACAUUUUUUUAAAAAUCUCAAAAGGGGAUGUAUGAAUGGAAUUACACAGCAUUACAAAGAAUGAGUUAGAUCUGAGACUUGUGUGCGAGUGUCGUAUGAAUAGGAAAGUUCUUGAAAUAUUUUCAUUAAUAACUCACCAGUGGUGGCUUUCUGAGAAAUAUACUUGAAGGAAAAGGGAAACUUCUAUACCAUUGUUAAAGCAUCAUUUGGUUUUAGUUCUCACAUUGCAAAAAUAAUAAUUAAAAAAAUACUUUAGAUUUCUAACCAGCAAGCAUGAUAUGCAUUGUUUUUACUUCCAUAGCAAUUUCAUCAACAUUUCUGUAACACGUAUCUUAUUGACAGCAAUUGAACCUAACAUCCUGAAUUACCUAUUUCAUGAUCUUGUAACGGUGCCCUACUAAAAGCUGGAAAUACACUGAAUUGAUAACUUUUAGGGGAGGAAUUUUGUGAGAGAAUGAACUUAGACUUCUGGAAAAUGAAUUUAUUGAAUAGGGCAUUCAGAAUGUUCUUAACUUUAGCUUGGAAGGUUUGUAGCUCAAAAGCAAGACACAGCUUGUCUGAGAUUUAAAAGUUAUUUUAAACUUUUAAACGUCUUUUCUGUUGCUCAUGAUAAUUCUAACAAUAAUCAGUUGAAAGGGUGAAUUUCAAAUUUCUGGACUGUACAAAGGAUUUAUUUUUGCAAGUGUGAUUACUAGAAAUAGUAGUAAUGUUAAUAUAAAGGGGAAGAUGAGAAGAAGCAGGGUAGUCCAAAUUAUGAUCCACUUCUGAACUGUUUGACAUGAUAUGUAUAAAUAAGAUUUGAUUUUUUAAAUUUUUUUAUUCUUUAUAAUGAUAUGUUCAAUGAUCAGAGGCUUUCAAAGUAUUCAGAAAUAAAAAAGCAAUCACUAAAAUAUUUAAUUGCACCCUAUGUAAGUAUUUACUUAAAUGUAAGGGAAAAGGAACAGCAGCAGUGGGUGAAUGUGAGAGUUAAGGAUUCCUCUGCAAUAAAUUGCCUAUAUUUUCUGUCCUGUUUUAUAGUCUUCAAUAAGAUAGGAAUUAUUUAUUUUAUGAAAACAUGCUUUUUUAUUAUGUUUGCAUAAUUAUUUUGUGGAAGAAACCUACUGUGCAAAUUAUUGUGGAAAUCAUUCGACCAUUCUGUUUCUCUAGUUGUACUUGAUGCAUUGGUUGGCACAUGUUGCACGAAACGGUCAUUGUUUACAGUAAAUUAACUUCAGUAGUUUUAGCAAGAGUCCUUUAACAUGUAUAAUUGUAA